AUGAAACCGAUGCAUUUACAGUUGACUCCAUUGAUACCGGAGAGAAGGUUAAUUUCAUUAAUCGGACUUUACAGAAAUAUAUUUUAUAUUAAAGGAGGAACAGCCUGGCGACCAGCUACAGCUACGUUUACUCCAACAGCAUCUCGUUCCUUAUUCCCUACACUGUCUCCAACCAUCUCUGCCACCUUUCAUCCUACAGUUACUGCAACUUUCGCUGCCACAUUAUCUCUUACACCAGGAGUUACUCCACAAUAUACAGUUUCCCCAACUGCCUCGAAGCCUCCUACUAUUUCUGCUACGUUUUGGCCGACGAGAACCGCGACAUUUUGGCCAACUAUUACUGCAACGUUUUGGCCAACUGUUACAGCCACAUUUGCACCAACUCCAGAGAUUACUCCAACAUUUCCGGCAACACCAGCUUAUACACCAGAGAGAACUGCUCCUUCUCCAUCAUUUACUCCAUAUCCAUCAAGAACGCCUUGUAUCACAUGGCCAAAACUUGGUUUGGGAUUACUUAUUUUGUUCCUUAUUAUUGCAAUCAUUGGUAUCAUUGCGAAUAUAUUCCUUUGCAGAAUUAGUGCAAGGUCUGGAAAGAAGAUGGCAAAGCAGAUCAUCGAUGGAAGACAAGGAGACGAAGAAGACGAUGGAUGCUGUGCAAAAUAUUGCGGCCUUUAUUGCUGCUGCUAA